GCUUUUCCGCAAGGAAGACAUCGAACGGUAGAAAUUUCACAAAUAGCUUGACUUCAACGAUCCAUCUCAGCCGACGAAAAGUCUGCCGUGGCCGCUGGUGACUCGAAGGCAGUCUCCGCUCCCUGCGGAUAUUUAAACUAAAACCCAGGCUGACUCCACACUAAUUGAUCUCUCUUUCACCAUGGCCGAUCACACCCACGAACGCCACAACCGUCCCUAUCGUCUUUCUGUCCCUCCGCGCCCCGCCGCCGCCGCCUUCAACACCACAGCCAUCACACCCACCGCUCGGUACCCUCCAUUUUCGCUCCCUUCGUCCACCCCAGCAGCAACCCCGUCGAAACACCGGUCCCUUUCGUUUACCUCCAAAUCCUCCAACAAAUCUUCACUUUCCUUUCUCUUUCUCAUUCUGUUUUCUCUUCGGUCUCUCUACUCUCUCCUCCCUUUUCUUCGCUCUUCCCCUUCAUUCUCUCUUUUCCCUUUCACUUUCCUCGUCUCUCUUCUCUCCUUCCUUCUCUCGCUUUCUUUCUCAAUAUUCUCUUCUCCCUCCUCAAAACAGUACCGUUUCAGUCUUUCUUUAAAACAAAAUCAAUCCCUUUUAUCUUUGUCGCUAAUCUCGCCCGCUGAGAAUAAAUUUCUGUUUACCAAAUCAUUUAUUUUGGCGCUUGUGUUUCUGCUCAGAUUUCAGGCUCUUAGAUACUGUGGCACAGCGGCAAUGAUCUUGGCUGAAUUGUCUGGUAAGUUUAUCGGACGGUUUCUAGCUGAGGUUAGGAAAAAUCAGAGUUUGAAUGCUUUGAGUAAGUUCUCUACAUUGCGCGGGUUUUUGUGUUUGUUUCUUGGGCUAUUUUUGUUAUCAAGUAGUUGGGAUCGGGUUGAAUGUUUCCCGUUUCCAAGUUCUUUAAGGGUUUCAUCUGUGAUUUACGGAGAGAAUUGUGUCAGAGUUUGGCCAAUGUUGUUGCCGUUUUUAGCUGGGUUUUUAGGGUGCUAUGAGAGAGUUUCAAUGAAUUGGGGAACAAUUAGGCAACUGAAUCGUAAACAGGUUAGGUUAAUUUCAUUGUUCUACACAACAAUUUUGCUUUUUAUUCCUGCGGCUGUGAGUUGGAUUGUUUUUGAGAAGGAUGGUGAAGAUGUUUCCAUUGCAAAUUUAGCUUGGCCGUUGGCCAAUACUGUUGUGUUUGGAGUGCUUUUGAGUGAGAAUUAUAGUGAGGAGAAGCUAGUGAGUUCUACGGAUUUUCAAAGAGAGUUUCUGGUUACCUCUGUUUGUACUGUUGUAUUGGAGUUGUUUUAUUAUCCUGAGCUCUCGCUUUUUGGAUUGGUGAUGUGUCUAUUGUUAUUGUAUGUUUCUAUUAGAGAAUUGGACUGUUUUCAUUUAAAUGAUCUUCAAUUGGGGCUUGAAUCUUCAGAGUCAUUUAGUUCAUUGAUUAUGAAGCCUAUCCACCACAUUUUGAGUGAGAGGAAAUCUCGUAAGAUUGCACUUUUCCUUUUGAUUAAUACUGGUUACAUGGUUCUUGAAUUUGUUGCUGGGUUCAUGAGUAACAGUCUUGGAUUGAUAUCAGAUGCAUGUCAUAUGCUGUUUGAUUGUGCUGCAUUGGCAAUUGGGUUAUAUGCUUCAUAUAUAUCGCGUUUGCCUGCAAAUAAUCAGUUUAAUUAUGGCCGGGGGAGAUUUGAAGUUCUGUCAGGAUAUGUUAAUGCUGUCUUCCUUGUUUUGGUUGGGGCAUUAAUUGUCUUAGAGUCAUUAGAGAGGAUAUUGGAUCCUCAGGAGAUAUCAACUGAUAGUUUGUUGAUUGUUUCAAUUGGAGGGCUUGUUGUGAAUGUAAUCGGUUUGAUUUUCUUUCAUGAGGAGCACCAUCAUGCUCAUGGUGGCUCAUGCUCACAUUCUCAUUCCCAUUCCCAAUCCCAAUCCCACUCUCAUCAGGAUCACCAACAUUCACAUGACCAUGAAGGUCAUGGCAAGCAUCAGGACUGUAUAUCUAUCUCCCAUGGAAUUCCUGAAAAAUGUUGUUCUGUCAGUGAUGAUCAUCAUGGCAACUUUCAUGCCACUUACCAUCAAGAGGCUACUUAUAAGCAGGAUCUGCCUCAUGGACGUGCACAUGAAGACCUUUUUCAUCAACAUAAUCACCAAAAUCAUGCUCAUGGACAUGAUCACCACGACCAUUCUCACAGACAUGACCACAACAACCAUUCUCACGGACAUGACCACCAUGACCAUUCUCAUGGACAUGAACACCACGAUCAUUCACAUAUAUGUGACCACCAUGAUCAUUCUCAUGGACAUGAUCACCAUGACCAUUCUCACGGACAUGAUCACCAUGACCAUUCUCACGGACAUGAUCACCAUGACCAUUCUCACGGACAUGACCACCAUGACCUUUCUCAUGGACUUGACUACCAUGACCACCAUGACCAUCAAAGCUUGCUCCAUAUAUCUUCAAGAAGUCUGCAGAGUCACUCUAAUGAGGAACCACAAAAGCAUCGCCACAAACACAUUGACCACAAUAUGGAAGGAAUCUUCUUGCAUGUCCUGGCAGACACCAUGGGAAGUGUUGGAGUUGUUAUAUCAACUCUUUUAAUCAAGUACAAGGGAUGGCUAGUUGCUGACCCUGCCUGCUCAAUAUUUAUAUCUGUCUUGAUUAUAUCCUCAGUUAUCCCCUUGCUCAGAAACUCUGCAGAACUUUUGCUUCAGAGAGUUCCUAGGGCUCAUGAGCAGGAUUUGAAAGAAGCUCUAAAUAAUGUUAUGAAGUUAAAGGGGGUAUGUGGCAUUCAGAACCUGCAUGUAUGGAGCUUAACAAACACGGAUGUGGUUGGGACAUUUCAUCUUCAUGUCUCAAAGGAAACUGACAAGGCUUCUAUAAAGGCACAAGUGUCUCACAUAUUGCAUGAUGCUGGAAUCAAGGACUUGACUUUGCAGGUGGAAUGUCUCAAGUAAUUUAUGUAGUAACUUCCGAAGUAGUGUCUGCCUUUAGAGAGUACCUGAGAAGAGCCUAGUUCAUUGACCUUGAGGAUUGAAUUUGGUACUAAUACAUGCUCUCUUUUCAGCAGUCUCAUGAGUUAGUUGAAUUACACAGUUUCAGACCACUUAAAAUGGCUUUUGCCAAGCACUAGUGGGAUUCUGAUGAUUCUCUUGGCAUGGAAGUUCAGCAUGCAUUAACCAGUCAUGGAGGACACUUGUUUGCCCUUUCAAUCAUACAAUGAUGAAUUAUUUCGCUGUUGGUACUUGUGCAAACAGCAGACAUGUGAAGAAACAUGCGAAGGUUAACAAAUUGCUUGGGGUAUGAAACUUAUUAAUUUUAUUAGGUAUACUUGUAUGAUUUAUAUUUUUGGUUAUUUUGAUAUCUUGACUGGCUAUUGUAUUGCUGUUGACUUAUCAGUUUGAAGAAAUCAUAUAGUUCUAAUUUUUGUGUUUAAA